AUGCAGCUGAAAACUAAUGUGACUGAGUUCAUCCUGCUUGGGUUGAUGCAGGAUCCUGUUAGGAAAAAGAUAGUGUUUAUAACUUUCUUAUUUUUCUACUUGGCAACGUUGCUGGGUAACUUGAUGAUUAUCAAGACCAUCAAGACCAGUCGGGCACUUGGGAGCCCAAUGCACUUCUUCCUUUUCUCCUUAUCCUUAUCUGGCACCUGCCUCUCUACUUCUGUAGCCCCUAGAAUUAUUGUGGAUGCGCUUUUGAAGAAAACCAUAAUUUCUUUCAGUGAGUGCAUGAUCCAAGUGUUUUCCGCCCAUUUCUUUGGCUGCCUGGGGAUCUUCAUCGUUAUUCUCAUGGCCGUGGACCGCUACGUGGCCAUCUGUAAGCCCCUGCACUACCCGACCAUCACGAGCUGCAGGGCCUGUGCAGUGUUGAUGGCUGUAGCCUGGGUGGGAUCCUGUGUGCAUUCUUCAGCUCAGAUUCUUCUGGCCUUGAGUCUGCCUUACUGUGGUGCCAAUGUGAUCGAUCACUAUUUCUGUGACCUAGAGCUGCUGUUGGAAUUUGCCUGUGCUGACACCUACAUGGUCAACCUGCUCCUGGUGUCCAACAGUGGGGAUGUUUGUACAAUGAGUUUUGUCUUGCUGAUGUUCAACUAUGUAAUCAUUCUGCAUUCUCUAAGAAAACACAGUGUUGAAGAAGGGAGAAAAGCCCUCUCCACCUGCAUUUCCCACAUCAUUGUGGUUGUCUUGACCUUUGUACCUUGUGUAUUUAUUUACACACGUCCUGCAGUCACCUUCCCCAUGGAUAAGAUGGUAGCUGUGUUUUACAUGAUUGGGACACCUUUGCUCAACCCUCUGAUUUACACACUGAGGAACACAGAAGUGAAAAACGCCAUGAGGAAAUUGUGGAGCAAGAAGCUGAUCUCAGAUUCAAGAUGA